CUGCUGUACACUGUACAGUACCACAACUGUACCGACAGUGUGCAGGCACCUGCGAGUUUUCUUAUAUGCCCAUGAAAAGUGUUUUUAUGAAAGCAAUACGAUAUUUUACAUCGGGUUAGCUCUGUAGUACUGCAGUUGGUGUAGUUUCAAUGAGCACACAAAGGAUACAGAUAAGAAAUAGUUUUUAAUAAGAGGAAACAUUCAGUUCUUGACAAACUGAAAGAAGCAUCAGAAAUGCCAUUUUUCUGGAAAUCAUUAUAUUCAAAAGUUACCACCUACUUACACUUAACUAAUGCUAUUUAUUCAUCAACACAACACACAAUUCCUAAAGUGUGUGUUGUUGGCAGUGGCCCAGCUGGUUUUUACGCAACCCAACAAAUCAUUAAAGCAGUUCCUGCUGUGCAGGUGGAUAUUUUGGAACGCCUCCCUGUUCCAUUUGGUCUAGUGAGAUAUGGUGUAGCACCAGAUCACCCAGAAGUUAAAAAUGUGAUCAACACAUUCACAAAAACUGCACAAUCUCCACAAGUAAAAUUUGUUGGUAAUGUAUGUCUGGGGAAAGAUAUCUCAUUGGAAGACCUGAUGCAAUCUUACCAUGCUGUCUUACUUGCAUAUGGAGCAGAUGCUGACAGAAAGCUUGAUAUACCUGGUGAAAAUUUAUCAAAUGUGCUAUCAGCUCGGGAAUUUGUUGGUUGGUACAAUGGGCUACCAUCAUGCAAAGAUCUCUCAGUCAAUCUUGAUACUGAGGUAGCUGUUGUUGUCGGGCAAGGGAAUGUUGCUCUUGACGUGGCUAGGAUUUUGUUGACACCUGUAGACAAAUUAAAGCUGACAGAUAUCACUGAACAUGCUCUUUCUGCAUUGUCAACAAGUAGAGUGCGUCACGUUCGUGUCAUUGGCAGGCGUGGCCCUAUGCAGGUGGCCUUCACAAUUAAGGAAUUUCGUGAAAUGCUCAAUCUUCCAGGGUGCAAGACAAUUAUGGAUCCUACAUGUUUCACAGGAAUUCCUGACAAGAUUCCAGGACUAGAGCGACCUCGAAGAAGACUCACCGAAUUGAUUUGCAAAUCUGCACUGGAGAUACAGUUGCAACAGGGUAAUUCAGAUCAUGUGUUUGAGUUAAUGUUCCUACGAUCCCCUCGGGCUUUUGCCGGAGGUGGCAAUGGUGGACAUGUGAAGAGUGUUGAAUUGGCAGUAAACGAACUGAUUGAUGGUGGACAUAAAGCACAACCUACUUCAAAAACUGAAACCAUUGAAUGUGGCCUUGUACUACGUAGUGUUGGUUACUACAGUACAUCUGCAGAUUCUGGGAUUCCUUUUGAUGAUAAACGUGGACAUAUACAAAACAUAUCUGGCUUUGUUAAAUCAGGAUUAUAUGCUGCUGGCUGGGUGGGAUCUGGUCCUGUAGGUGUUAUUCUAUCUACAAUGAACAAUGCAUUUGCAGUUGGAAAGAAAAUUGCUGAUGAUUUGGCCCAGGCAAAAGAUGAAACAAAACCAGGUUUCUCUGCAGUUCAAGAAAUUAUAAGAGAAAAAGGAAUACAAACUGUAAGUUUUGCUGGUUGGGAAGCCAUUGAUAAAGAAGAAAAACGAAGAGGAGCAAAGCAUGGCAAGCCAAGAGAGAAGAUAUUAAGUGUGAGGGAAAUGCUCGAAAUUGCAGAAAAGUACACCACCUAAUGCUGUGAUAUUAUGUUGAGGAUGAUGAACCUUUGCAGUUUUCCCUAACAUUAAACUUGUAAAGUUUCAUCAUCAACCUAUAUUUGUUACAUAAAUAAACUCUUGAGAGAAAACUGAUAAUGUACAGUGUAUCUUGUUUCAGAAUGAUGGUUUUGUACUAUUAAAGAUUUUAUAUUACA